AUGGGUCGUGAUUCGCAUCAUCGUCGGAAACGUAAGACUGAUAAACAUGAAAACGAUUCAUCAGAUGAGAACAAGCAACGUUCUUUAUCCCGAAGUCCGGAAAGAAAAUCAAGACGUACGGAUAAAGGAAAGCGUAAGGCCAAGUCACCUGGUACACCUUCAUCCAAUAAGAAUGAGGAAAGUAUAUCAAUUGAAGAAACCAACAGGUUGCGUGCUUCGCUUGGUUUAGCUCCACUUGAAGUAGAUAGUGGGCCAAAAGAACGUGAAGUGGAGGGUAGUGAUGGUGUAGAGAAAAUCUACAAAGAGGAUGGAAUGGAAUUUGUCCAUAAAAAAGCCGAACAUCUAGGAGAAAAGAAGAGAGUUGAAGAGAUGCGAGAAAAAUUAUCGGUAGCUCGUGAUAAACGAAAGCUGUACGAAAAGGUACUGAAAGUAAAGCCAUUAGCAGAAUCAGAUUCUGACGAAGAUGCGUCUUCUUGGGUUGCGAAAAAUCGUGAACUGGAAGAAGAGAGGAAGAGAGCAGAAGAAAGGGCUAAAAUUCUGGAUGAUAUGGAUGCGGAUUUUGGUGUUAAUGCACUGAUAAACGAGGAGAACAAAAUGAAGCAAAUCAAGAAAGCUAAAAAACGAGAGCAGAAAUCAGAUCUCGCAGGUUUAAUGGUGGGUCACGCUAAAGAAGACUUCUUGGAGGGGAGCGAAACUAUUUUAGUUCUCGAAGAUAAAGGUGUACUGGAUGAAGGUGAGGAAGUGCUUGUAAACACAAAUUUGGCUGAAAACCACAGGUAUCAGAAAAAUGUUGAAUUGAAAAGAAAAAAGAAUCGCUACGAGCCUUACGAGGAGGAAUUUGAUGAAUACGGGAUGCCCAAAGAAAAGGGACUUUUGUCAAAAUACGAUGAAUUGGAAGGCGAAGCAAAGAAGGCUUUCCGUUUGGGUGAGGCUGGCGAAGUUGAUAUUGACAAGGAGCGAGAAGAAAUGGAAAUGCGCCGGAAAUUAUUUAUGGCAAACAAGAAACUGGAAUCAUUAGAGCUUCCAAAGUACACGGUGGCCAGUGAAUUUUAUACUGAGGAAGAAAUGCUUUCAUUUCGUCGACCGAAGUCAAAAAAAGACAAAAAAUUACGUAAGAGAAAGGAGAAAAUGUUGAAAGCUGAUGAUCUCAUUCCGGAUGAGUCAGCACUAGCUGACGAUGCCGAAAGAGCGGCUAAGGCAAUAAAUCGACAGUGCAGCGAUGGGUUUGAAGUUAAAGAAGAGGAAAAGGUCGUGAAAGAUAAACCAAACUUGGAAGAAGGAGAACUUGCAGACGAAGACGAGAAGAAGGGUAACUGGCGUUGUGCAGAAACAAGUGCUUUCGUAGACGUACAAAAUUUGAAUAAAUUGGCUAAGCAAGUUGAGGAAGAAGAAGAUGAUGAAGAUGAUGAUCUAGUUGGCGGUGUGGAUUUAUCCAAUGUUGUAAUUGAGGAUGAUGCUGAGGAAGAGCUAACAGUGAUGUUGGACCGUGCUCGUAAACUUAGACAGCACGAGAUUAAGAAGGAAAACCCGGAAAGCGAUGCAGCAUUAAAGAUGCAUGAAUUGAUGAAGAUACAUUCGGUGAAAGAGGAACCAAUGGAUGUAGAAGAAGAAAAUGAUAAAUGCGGUGUUGUUAUUGAUUCUACAAUGGAAUAUUGCCGUAAUUUAGGUGAAAUUCCUACGUACGGAUUGGCUGGUAACCGGCAAGAUGCAGUGGAUGUCAGGGAACUGAACGAACCGGAGGCCGUAAAAAUAGAAGUAGAUGAAGAGGCAGUUGCUGAUUAUUCACCAGCUGAAGAAAAUCGUAAUCAUAGGAGAUCAGAACAGGAGAUAAAAGGUAAAUGGACAGAAGCGACUGCUUCAACAUCUGCUUAUGAUGAUAAAAAAACUAAGAAACUCAAUGGAGAAAGUGAUGAUAGCGAUGACGAAGCAUACAAUGUAUUGGGUGAAGAACGUGAUGUAACAAAGGGUGUUGCUGCGAUGUUAAAGUCUGCUGCCGAAAAAGGUUAUCUCGAUGCUGGUAAAGAACGAAAGGUGAAGGGUCCAUCGCUGAAACAUUUGGAAAGUAAACGUUUUUCGCAAAUUGAGACCAGUCGAUAUGAUAUUGAGGAGAAAUAUACAAAGAAACUGGAACGAAUGGGAACAACUGGUACAGGUCCUGUGCGACCAUUUCCAGAAAAGGCGGACUACAAGCCAGAUAUACGGAUAACGUAUGUCGAUGAACGUGGAAAAGAAAUGGAAUCAAAAGAUGCAUUUCGUGUUCUUAGUUGGAAAUUCCAUGGCAAAGGACCAGGUAAGAAGCAAAUAGAAAAGAGACAGGCAAAACAGGAAAAGAAAGAGCUCAUGAAAAAAAUGAAUUCUAUGGACACACCGUUGGGAACGCUUAACAAACAAUUAAAGAAGCAAGAAGCGAUGCAAACUCCAUAUAUUAUUCUAAGUGGUUCUGGAAGAGAUACUGGAGCACCAUUAAAGAAGGAGUGA